UGCUUAUUAAUACUCUGAAACUUGUUGCCUAAUGCAGGAAUGAUGCUGGGAUACUUGUCCGGACUGAGAGGUUAAGAACCAAAGAUAUAACACAGAGAGUGAAAAUGAAGAACUAUUGGCAGGGUGGGGUAUGCCUGGCAUUUGCCGAUGAGGUUCUAUGUUGGCUCUACGGAACUGUUAAAGAGAAUGAAGAUUAUGUCCUACAGUUUGUCCCACAUUUCCAUCGCUUGGAACUACUCCGAGCCCAGUCUUGCCCAGAUGUCAUCAACUCAGCAUGUGGAGCAACAGUGUGUACCCUGAACCAGUUUUCCUUAUUGUCAUUUACUACACUUCAAUUUUUACCUCGAGGAAAUGAUUGCAUAUGCUAGGCGACCACCAGUCAUCAAUUGCAUGUCAGAGUAUUUUCGGUGACCUUCAGACUUUCGAGAUGAUGUAACUCCAUAAUCUACUAUGAAACUGCUAUAGUAUGCCAAUCAAUAUAAGUGGCGUUCUCACAAAUAUACUCCUAGUAAUUCUUUUCCUUUGGACACUGGUGAAUGCCUUUCUGCCCUGAGGCAAUCUGGGAACAUUGGUCCAAACGGAUCACUGGAUCUAUCUGAAGCCUUCCGUCAUUAAAUUUGUUUCA